GCCGGAGCGCAUUUGGCCUGAGUCCCACAGAGCUGGGGUAUCACCGCAAGAGCCCAGGAUGGGGUGAAGGCAGAGUAGUGUCCUAUCCAUAGAAACCCCAAAUCUUGACUCCAAAUCUGCGUCUCUCACCGUCCUGACCUUCUGGAUGCUUCCCGACGACCCAGAGCAGGGGCUCUUAUCUGUCCCAGUGUGCAGAGCCAAGAGUCUCAGACCCAGGCAGGUCUUGGGACAGGCCAGGGCCAUGUGGCUGGUUGGUGGCAGAGCCAGACCCGACCUCUCUGCCCAACCUCAACCUCUUGCCUCCCCUGUGACCCCUCUAGGUGCUCCAGAGGGUGGGCGAGGUGGGACCACUGUGUAAGUGAGCUCGUUUUUCCUAAGGUGGAGAGUGAGCCAUUUCCAUAUCCCUCAGACCCCCCAGGAGCCCUGGCUGUGCGCCCCACCCGACGUGAAAUGGGCAGUUGUCAGCUCAUUAGACUGGCUGGGCAUUUCUAGAACUAUCAGAGGAUUCUAGGGUAGGGCUGUGUGUCAGGCCUGACCCAAGCAGAUGAAGACGUUCCCCUCAAACGACUCCAGGGGCAGACGAGCUGCCUCCUCCCCAGUGAGCCAGAGUCCUUGCCGACUCGAUGGGCCGGCAGUCCCAAGGUCAGGCCUCAGCUACCCGGGCUUCUCUGCCGCCCCACUCCUCAGACGGGCUCUCCAGGCGGAUGGGGAGUCGGGGGCCUCUCUUUCUCCUUGUGUCCUCAGCGCUCCGAGCCAGGUUCUCCUGCCCUGUUGGGGAAGGGGGGACCCGUAGGGCCCGGCUUCUCCCUCAGCCCCACCAGCUGCCGCCCUCUUCCCAGCACCACCCCCGGGCCCACGUGGACAUUUACGAGAAGCAGCUGGUGCCCUUCGGUCUGGUGCGCUUUGGCGUGGCGCCCGACCAUCCUGAGGUGAAGAAUGUCAUCAACACUUUCACCCAGACGGCUCGCUCGGACCGCUGUGCCUUCCGUGGCAACGUGGUGGUCGGCAGGGACGUGGCCGUGUCGGAGCUGCAGGCGGCCUACCAUGCUGUGGUGCUGAGCUAUGGGGCAGAGGACCAUCAGGCCCUGGAAAUUCCUGGGGAGGAGCUGCCUGGAGUAUUCUCGGCCCGGGCCUUUGUGGGCUGGUACAAUGGGCUUCCUGAGAACCGGGAGCUGGCGCCAGACCUGAGCUGUGACACAGCCGUGAUCCUGGGGCAAGGGAAUGUGGCUCUGGAUGUGGCCCGGAUCCUGCUGACCUCCCCUGGGCACCUGGAGAAAACGGACAUCACAGAGGCUGCCCUGGGGGUACUGAGGCAGAGUCGGGUGAAGACGGUGUGGAUAGUGGGCCGCCGUGGACCCCUGCAAGUGGCCUUCACCAUUAAGGAGCUUCGGGAGAUGAUUCAGUUACCGGGAACCGGGCCCAUGUUGGAUCCUGCUGAUUUCUUGGGCCUUCAGGACAGAAUCAAGGAGCUCCCCCGCCAGAGGAAGCGGCUGACAGAACUUCUGCUUCGCACAGCCACGGAGAAGCCAGGGGCGGAGGAGGCUGCCCGCCAGGCAUCGGCCACCCGCACCUGGGGCCUCCGCUUCUUCCGAAGCCCCCAGCAGGUGCUGCCCUCACCAGACGGGCGACGGGUAGCUGGCAUCCGCCUGGCGGUCACCAGACUGGAGGGUGUUGGUGAGGCUGCCCGUGCAGCGCCCACGGGAGACACGGAGGACCUCCCUUGUGGGCUGGUACUGAGCAGUGUUGGGUACAAGAGCCGUCCCAUCGACCCCAACGUGCCCUUUGACCCCAAACUUGGAGUCAUCCCCAAUAUGGAAGGCCGGGUUCUAGGUGUGCCAGGACUCUACUGCAGCGGCUGGGUGAAGCGGGGGCCCACGGGCGUCAUCGCCACUACCAUGACUGACAGCUUCCUCACCGGCCAGAUGCUGCUGCAGGACCUGAAAGCCGGGCUGCUGCCAUCUGGCCCCCGGCCUGGCUACGCGGCCAUCGAGGCCCUGCUCAGCGGCCGAGGGGUCCAGCCUGUCUCUUUCUCGGACUGGGAGAAGCUGGAUGCCGAGGAGGUGUCCCGGGGCAAGGGUGCUGGGAAGCCCAGGGAGAAGCUGCUGGAUCCUCAGGAGAUGCUGCGGCUGCUGGGGCGCUGAGCCUAUAUCCCAGCCUGGCUGGCGGGGAGAGAAGGCACGCUGUGCCCGGGCGAGGGCCUGGGUCAGUCAGCGGGACUCUGUGCCAUGGCUGUGUCGCCUGCCCACGCCGGCACCUGGUCUUGGCUGCCUCUUUUCCAGGGGCCUCUGAGCACUUGCUCCUGGUGGAAGGUUGCCCUUGGCAGAGAUAACCUUAGGGAUGGGUGGAGGUGCGGGCUGACUCUCCUCCCUCCCACCUCUCUCAUCUCAGACUGCAGAGGGUCUCCAGGUCAGGAACAGGCUGGAAAUAAAACAGCUAUAAUGGAA